GGUUUUGUUUUACACUUUUACUCAAGGGCCUGUUGGAUUUUCAACCCGAACUUGCGUUUUAGGUUUUCACAGGCACAAUACGUGGAAACAGAACAACUUCGGAUAACACGGAAAAAGCGUGGCUAUGGUCGGGACAAAGGUGAAGCUGCUCAAUCACAAAGACCAAGUCCCUUUUUAAAAUUUUCUUUUUGCAUUUUUCUCACUGAUAUCUCUUUUUCUUCGUUCUUGUGAAGGAUUGAUACUUAGUGUAAUCUGACAGCAAAACCAUUCGUAGUAGCUGUGAUUUCUUGCCUAGAAAAACCAACCCCAAAUGUUGAAUCGUUGAUUUUAUUUUUAUUAUUAUUUGUUUGGUUUCCAUAUGCAAAGUUUAACUAGUUUUUACCAUCAUUGCUGCUACUUCAAUCAUGGCUUCACUGCUGAACACAGUGUCCCCUGCUGCGAAUUUUCAUGCAAAAGCAAAAAGAAAUGCUCCUGGUUUCUUCCAUUCCCAUGCCCCAAAUUUCCAUUCUUUGUCGCUUAACAAGGGUUUUUCCAGAGUUUUGGCAUCAACCCAAGUCACAGUUUCCCCAAAAGAUGCUGUUUUCACACUUCCCAAUUGGAGGGUUGGGAAGAGUGACCAGAAGAGUAAGGAGCUUAGGAUGAACGAUGCAUUUCUUCAGUUGGAAUAUAUGGUGGAGAAGGGACACAAGCCUGAUGUAAUUCAAGUAACGCAGCUUUUGUAUGAUCUUUGCAAGGCAAAUAAGUCUAGGAAAGCUGUUAGGGUGAUGGAGAUGACAGUAGGUUCCGGCGUUAUACCUGAUGCGUCUUCGUACACAUUCUUGGUGAAUUAUUUGUGCAAGAGAGGGAAUGUUGGCUAUGCAAUGCAGUUGGUUGAGAAAAUGGAGGCACAUGGUUUUCCAACUAAUACUGUUACUUAUAACACGCUGGUUAAAGGGCUUUGUAUGCAUGGGAAUUUGAACCAAAGCUUGCAGCUUUUGGAUCGGCUAAUCAAGAAGGGGCUGGUGCCAAAUGCAUUCACGUAUUGUUCCUUGCUCGAAGCUGCUUAUAAGGAACGGGGAGUAGACAAAGCCAUGAAUCUCCUAGAUGAGAUAAUUGCCAAGGGUGGAGAGCUUAAUUUGGUUAGUUACAAUGUUUUGUUAACUGGAUUGUGCAAGGAAGGUAGAAUUGAAGAAGCUAUUCGGUUCUUUCGGGAGUUUCCUGCAAAAGGAUUAAGUCCGAGUGUUGUGAGUUAUAACAUUUUGCUAAGGAGUUUGUGCUAUGAUGGGCGAUGGCAGGAGGCGAAUGAGCUUUUGGCAGAGAUGGUUAAAGAAGGCCAGUCUCCCUCGGUAGUUACUUAUAACAUAUUAAUCACUUCUCUUUCGCUCCGGGGGAAAACAGAACAAGCUUUCGAAGUUUUAGAUGAAAUGAUACGGAGUGGAUUCAAGAUGACGGCUACAAGCUAUAAUCCGAUUAUUUCCCGUCUAUGCAAGGAAGGGAAAGUGGAUCUUGUAGUUCAGUGUCUAGACCAAAUGAUUUAUCGACGUUGUCAACCUAAUGAAGGUACAUACAAUGCUAUUGCGACACUCUGUGAGGAGGGGAAGGUGCAGGAGGCAUUCUUUAUAAUUCAAAGCUUGGGUAAUAAACAAAACUACACUAUGCAUGAGUUUUACAAAACUGUGAUUUCAAGCCUGUGUAGGAAAGGGAACACAUAUCCAGCUUUUCAAAUGUUAUAUGAAAUGACAAAGUAUGGAUUCGUAUCAGAUUCCUAUACGUAUUCAUCUUUGGUAAGAGGAAUGUGUAGGGAGGGAAUGCUAGACGGGGCCAUUGAGAUAUUUAGGAUCUUGGAGGAAAAUGGCUAUACUCCUGAUGUUGAUAACUACAAUGCACUUAUACUUGGAUUUUGCAAAUCUCGAAGAACAGACACGGCAAUGCAGAUAGUUCAGAUGAUGAUCAAUAAAGGAUGUGUGCCUAAUGAGACAACCUAUACCAUUAUUGUUGAAGGGCUCGCUUUCGAUGGAGAAAUGGAUAUGGCAGCGGAGAUUUCGAAAGCAUUAUAUUUGAAAGAAGCUCUGAGCCAAAGCACUUUUGAAAGACUUUCUAUGCAGUAUGACUUCAAGGAAUGAAUGUAAAGACAUAUACCAUCAAAGUAUAUAACAGAAAGUAAGUAGGGUCUUGACUAGUUUUCUUUGCCUGGGUACUUGAUUACCUAUGAUUAAGUUAAAGGAAGUUCCAUGAUGCUUGAAUUUUGAUUUUAUUGAUGUUCAGAGUUGAAGAGUAAGACACUAGUACAGAACUAACAUUGGUUUGGUUAAUUAAAGCAUCUUAGUUACUUGUUUGAAUAAUUGGUAUUUUUGGUUUGUUGUGUAUAUGCAGCUAACAUGAUAACUUGACCAAUGCAA